AUGGUGAACAUACUAAGUGCCGCCGGUUGGGCGUCGUGCUUCGCUUUGCAAGCUCUGGCCACAUAUCCGGAAUAUGGGGGUUAUUACAAGUUUAGCAGAUACACAAACUCCUCCCACACUGUUGACCCUCUGACCUCGGCCACCUUCAAGUCCAGCCUCUACCCCAACGACUCUUUCACUUUGCCAGCGUCCCCGUCGGCCGGCUCGUCGCCGCAGUCGCCCGACAUUUCUCUUCCGUCCAUUUCGACCCCGGACCUCCUUCCUUCUUUGUCGGUCCCUGACAUUGUCCCAUCCCUUUCGUUUCCAUCUCUGUCCAUUCCAGAAAUCUCUCCUGUGUUCCCAAGUGUCCCUGCGGCGAGUCCAAACAGUCCUUCGCUCUCGCUUCCAGAGAUUACGUCGUUAUCUCUCUCAACCCCAGACCUCGAGCCCUCAGUGUCAGUGUCUGUGUCGGGCCCGCAAACCCCACCACCCCCAACGCUCUCCACACAAAUUCCACCACUCCCCACACUCUCCCCACCGUCGCUCCCUGAAUCGGGUCCUUCGUCUGCUUCGAGUCCACCGGGUGCCCCAACUGAGACGGAUUCUAUCGUGGCUCCAUCUCAGCCCUCCUCAUCGCAGACACAAUCACCACAGACACCACCGCCGUCACCCUCGGCCACAGUGCCCGUGCCAUCCACGGCCUCAGAGACGUCGUCACAGGCCUCAUCGUCCUCAGAUGUGUCCUCUUCAGCCCUUCUCUCCUCAGAUGUGUCCUCUACCCCCAUUCUCUCUCCAUCGGUCUCCUCCCCCACCCCCACUUCGUGCACCCCUACUCCGUACAUGAAGUUCAUCGAGGAGUCCUCCACCUACUACUGGGGCAUCUACGUCCCGCCUAGCUACGGCUCGUACUCCAUCGAAAUGGACCAGGGAGACAACUGGGAGUUCGACCCCGACGAUUUCGACCCGGCAGACAUCGCCCUCAGCAACGGAACAGUGUCCUACACCAACACAGCGGCCGCCAGCGGCGCAGACGUGUGUGUGGACGACCUGGCAAAUACAGAUUUCGGGUUCCUGGCCUCGUUCUAUGCCAUGGACGUCAUCACGGGCAGCUACAAGGCAAACGCGACGCUCGACACCCAGAACGCCGGAACAGUGUUUCUCAACGCGUCCGGCUUCGUCGCGAUCCACCCAACCAUCUCGGCGUACCAGGACGACGACACCGGCUACGGCAUUUUUGAGAUCCACGUCCCGUCCAACUUCACGCCGUUUGGAAUCAGCGCAGAAAGCGAGGACGACUGGGUCUUUGUCGACCAGUACUACCAUUUCGACUACGACGGCUCCUCUGUGAACGGUUCGUUCUCCAGCCUGGCCAACAACUCCAUCGACAUGUCGUAUCCUCUGACCCACGCUCCGGGCGGCGCCUACAACGUCGGCUUCGCCAUCAAGCCGGUCGACAGCAACCAGGCUCUGAAAAAGCGAGCAGAGAGCGACUACGAUGCCACCUUCACAUUCACCGACCCAGACACGACAGUGUACCUGAGCACGUCCGUGUCGCUGACCCAGACCACCUCUACGUCCUCCACUUCCACGUCCUCCACGUCCUCCACUACCACUUCCUCCACUUCCUCCUCCACCUCCACUUCCUCCACUUCCGCCACAUCCUCCUCCUCCUCCUCCUCCUCCUCCUCCUCCACACCCUCCUCCACAGACGCCCCAACAUACACCAUCACCUACGAAGGAGACCAGAUAUACAUAGACUUCUCCAUUCCGUCGAGCAUCAUGGAACGCGGCUCUGUGUCGUACUCCACCUCCAACGAGGACAACUUCGAGAUCGACAGCGCCAGCUCGGGAACCAUCCCGCAGAGCAGCUCCGCGGCCAGCUUCGAAAUCUCCGGACACGAGCCAGACAACACGCAGCCGGGCUCUGUCGACGUUUACAUCUCGCUCUCGUCCGGAUCCAAAGUCAAGAGAGCCGACUCCUGGUACUACACCAUCAAGCUGAGCGCCACGUCGUCCAGCGGCGUGGUCAAGCCAAGCUCUUCGGAAGAGUCGUCCAGCAGCUCCACGGCAACAGCUCCAACGUCGCAGACCCUCACCACCACGGGCAGCGACGGCAAGACCACCGUGAUCACCACUGUGGUUUCCCGAGAGACCGCUGUUGCGUCCGACGACGACGACGACACACUCACGUCCAUCGACGGGUCUGCCAUGACUUCCAGCAAGGGCGAUGUCCACGGCGAGACCACCAAGACAUCCUCCAGCGGAACCAGCAGCUCGAAAACCACAAAUAAUGCAAAAUCCACCACGACACAGGCCGGCCAGACGGCGGGCCAGGCGGCGGGCCAGACGACGGUCACCAGUGUGAACUCCAACGGCGACACCACGGUGAUCACCACGAGCCUUGCCUCGGGCGUCGCUCUGUACCAGACGACCGACUCUGAAGGAAACACGAUUCUGGCCACGUCCUACAGCUCCGGCUCGAACGGCUACGUCACCGCCACCACCAACGCAGACGGCGACCUGGUGUACACCACCGUGAACGGAGCAGGCGCCACGGGAACUGCCGACGGAUCCUCCAACAGUUCCUCCGGCUCCUCCGGCUCCUCCAGCCAGUCGAACGGAGCCGUCGUCACCACAGACGCCAGCGGCCACUCCACCACGGUUUCUGCCACGGGCUACAAAACAACCGUCACGGGCACGGACUCCGCUGGAAACACCCUGCGUAUCACCACGAGCGUGCCAGCCGGCGCGUCCGCGGUCCUCACCACAGACUCCAACGGCAGCCAGACGCUCACCACGGUGACUGCGUCUCGUGGCAGCUCUUCGGACUCUGCCGGCCUGUCCGUGUAUUCUGGUAGGGCCGUCUCCAAAGCCCCCUCAGCAUUGCUCGGUGUCUUCACCGUGCUCUUCUACCUCCUCCUCUGA